GGAGCACUGUCACGUGUGCAGAUGGUGACACUCGACUUCUCUGACACGCUGGCCUACAUUUGCGCCUCUGUGGGGAGUCACUAUGGCGAGGCCAUGGCAACCGCUGAGCCAAGUCGACUUUGGUGGAUGAGGCAACCCGAGGUCAUUGCACUGCUCGAUACUGCCUUUUUUGCGGCGUACAAGGCGACUGAUGCGUCACUGCCCAACUUUGGUGCUGAAGCUGGUCUUGAUCAUCAUGGAUGGUGGUGGGAGGUGGUGAGUGCUACCUUUGAGAACGGGGUCCAUGCUGCUCAUGAUGCUGGUCUUGUCCCGGACUCGCUCUCGGCCCAUGCUGCUCUGGGCUCCAUCAACAGCCUCCUUAUCAAUGACGGCCUGUUUGAUCAUCUGGUCACGCACUUUACUACCUCGGGUGCCUAUGCCAUGUACCCCGAUGUUGAACCUGCGCUUCGCGAGCUGCGGGAGAUCAGGCUGCCGGCGACUGGUGCCCGCCCGAUCCUUGGUGUCGUUACCAACAUGACGUCCAAGGUCAACGACACCCUCGCCUCGCUCGAUCUGGCCAAGUUCUUUGACUUUGUGGUCGACUCGCACUCGGUCAAAGCGCCCAAGCCAGAUCCGGCCAUCUUCGCUGUCGCAGCCACCCGCGCCGCUGACGCCGCCGCCGACCUCGGUUUGCCGUGGCAUGAUGCCGACAGCGAUGAUGAAGUCAUCACUGCGCUGCAUGUGGGAGACUCCAUGGCUGACUACCAUGGUGCAAUUGCGGCACCGGGCUUCUCCCCUCUCCUCAUCCACCGCACAGACGCCCGUAAGGCGGUUCCGCCCUUUGUUGAGAAAGAUUGUGUUAUCCACACGCUGGACGAUCUUGUAACUCGCUUGCAAGCGCUCACUGAGGCGAGGUAAGCCCAUACACCUUGUCAAUGUUGAUAUGAGAAGCAAAGUAGAGCGGCUCGUCGUUGAUGUCGAA